AUGAAAUAUAUACAAAACAAUAUUGAACCGAACUCCCCCCACCCUGAUGACUCUGUCAGCACUGAUGCUGCAGGGCUGGAGAGAGAUAAAAAUGUGACAUCUGGAACCAAGUUACAAUUUCUCAUACAAAGCAGAAGAGUUGCAAAAGAAAAAGCCACUCUUACAUGUCAAGUGUGCCAGAUGAUGCUGCCUAACCAGUGCAGUUACUGUGCUCACCAGAGGAUCCACGCUCACAAGUCUCCAUACUGCUGCCCGGAGUGCGGAGCCGUCUGCCGCUCUGCCUAUUUCCAAACUCACGUCAAGGAGCACUGCCUGCAUUACUCCCGCAAAGUCGGAUUCAGGUGCAUCCAUUGUGGAGUUGUCUUCAUGACCCUCGCCAUGCUGAAAGUACACAUCCACGAGAAACACUGCGAAGUCUUCCACAAGUGUUCUUUUUGCCCAAUGGCCUUCAAGUCAGCCGACAGCACCACGGCUCACAUGACCAGCCAGCACCCAGCAGAGCCUCACAAGACUACUCGGGUGAUCUACAAAUGCUCUUGUGAGACAGUCUUUAACAAGAAGAGGCUGCUCCAAGAGCACUUCCAGCAGAACACCAACAAGUUGUUAGUAGGAGUGUUUAAGUGCCCACAGUGUCAGCUGGUGUAUAUGCAGAAACAGCAGCUAAUGCAGCACGUUAAGGGUGUUCAUGGAGUCCCCCAAAAUCCUGAGGAGCUCUCAAACUUUCGACGGAAAUCUGAGAAGGCAUCAAGGAACCAGGUUCAUACCCUACCAAAGGAGCUGUUGGUAGCCAACGGGACUUCCCACUCCCCUCUGCUGAGGAAGGACAUGAGGGUGGAAGGACACAAUCCAGAAUCCAAGUCCAGACUGAGAAGAACUGGUUGGACUUGCAAGGAAUGUACACAGUGGGUCCCCGAUCGGGAAACCUAUGUGUCUCACAUGAAGAGAAAUCAUGGAAGGUCUAUGAAGAGAUAUCCCUGUCGACAGUGUGAACGCUCAUUUAAUGCCUCCAACAGUCUGCGUAGACACAUCCGCAAUAAUCACGACACAGCAAAGAAAGUUUAUACUUGCUGGUACUGCACAGAUGAAAAUCAGACAUUUCCUCAGCCGUUCAUGCUGGAGAAUCACAUCAGCCUCAUGCACGGCAUCAAAAACCCAGACUUAUCCCAGAUGGCCAAAGCAAAAGCUCCAGAGAGAGACACAGCAGAAGCAAAAUCUCCAAAGAGGAUGGCAAUGGAUGAGCUGGUUCAGGCACAGACCGCUACAGGUUCAGACACGCCACCAGCCAAAAAACUGAAAGCGCAUUGGAAAUGUGCUAAAUGCGGAUUUGCGACAGACAUCAGUACUGAGUUUCAGGAACACAUACCUCGGCACAAGACAGACAGCUCCACCUACCAGUGCUUGUUCUGCGGCUUGUGCUACACCUCUCACAUCUCUCUGAACAGACACCUCUUCAUUGUUCAUAAAGUAAAAGAUGAGGAGGAGGAGGAGGAAGAGGAGGAGGAGGAGGAGGAGGAGGAGGAAGAUGAAAGGCAGAAGUUACAAAGCGAGAUGAGCGAGAACGGACAUGAGGGGUAUAAUGGCGAGAUGAACACUACGGCGGAAGAAGACAACCUGAAAUGCAAAGAGUGCAGAAGUGACUCAGCUCUGUGUGAACACAGUCAGACAUGUGGCGUGGAGGGUCCUAAUAGCACCUCGCAGAACAAUCAUUCGAAGUCUCUUAAAACUUAAAAACAAAAAACCCCUUUUGGUUGGUCGGGGGGUUUUUGUUGGGGGGGUUUUUACUCAAAAUACAGGGUGGGGAUGGGGCGAAUCUUUGAAAUAUUCUGUUGAUUUCUUGGGAUGGACAUUGCUUUCCGUUAACUUCUAUUUGUAAGGGAAAUUUAAACAAGAAAAAAACCCCAACCCUGCCAUUGCAUCGUAAGCACUAACUCUCUGCCAGACCAGAGAGGUGAAAAGGGAAAGCAGGGCGAGAAUCCUCGCUGGAGCUUGUCCAACUCCUGAGGAUC